UCUUCUUCUUUCGAUCUAUCUAUCAGUUGCAGAAUUCAUUCAGAUGGGGAAUUGCCAGGCGGUUGAUGCGGCGGCUCUGGUUAUACAGCAUCCAACUGGCCGGAUUGAGAGGCUGUAUUGGCCGGUGGUGGCGAGUGAAGUCAUGAGGACUAAUCCGGGUCACUAUGUUUCUCUUAUAAUUCCCUUGCCUCAAUCUGAGGAAGAUAAUCGGGAGCCCAAAACGGUGCGUUUUACUCGUGUCAAGCUUCUCCGGCCAAAUGACACUCUUGCUCUUGGCCAUGCCUAUCGGCUUGUCACUACUCAGGAGGUUAUAAAGGUGUUGCGAGCUAAAAAGUAUGCAAAAUCCAAGAAGCAAUUGCCGGAGUCGGAGAGGAAGCCGGAGAAGCCGGCUGCCGGAGAUGAGACUGAAAAUAGCCAGCAGGUAGUCAAACAUGAAAGACAUCGCAUCAGAACACCAGCAGCAAACGCCACUGCGGCGAGGCCAAAGGCUUGGAGACCAUCGUUGCAGAGCAUUUCUGAAGCUGCCAGCUGAUUUUAUGUUCAACCCUUUUUUCUUAAUCAUGACAAGCAAGUGUGGUUGAUACGACAGAAUAGUAGAGCUUGAUUUAAGAUGCUCAUUGUGGAAAGUGUGAAGAUUCAUAUAGAACAUGAAAAUGGGCAUCCGAAGUUCCAAUUCAGUGUAAAACCACAGCCCCAGAAUGAUUCAUGUAUUGAGAGAAAUAAGUCAUGUGUAUAGCAACAAAGAUAUCAAUGAAAUUGACACUGUAUUGGAGUAUC